AUUAUAUCUGAAUCAGUUUCAACAGUAUCUCAGAAGUGCUUCUAGAAUUCUAAAAACGUUCCAUCAUUUUGUCUUAUUUUUUUAAAGUUUAUUAAUAUUAAUUAUUUUCAUCGUCUGAUAUAAAGUGAACAUGCAAUGUCGUCUUUGUGUCACCUCGUUCGAACAAGAUAGAAAAAGUAGUAAUUUGCUCUUUUCUACUACUUGAGAUAAUUGAAACACACAUUUACGCUGUUCUGCGAUUGUAUUCUCGAUUAUAUGCAUCGUUCCCUCCAUUACGAUUUACGAGAGAGCCGCGUCACAGGCCGCGUCUCUACGUUCUGGUAUCAUGGUGGGUUACGUCAGUUAUACUCAAUAAGUUUUAGGUUAUAUUACGAUAGUCGAUUUGAAAACUUGAGAAAGAAGAAUAAUUAGAAAAAUAAAUUACGUGCAUAAAGUGACGGAUAUCUAUAGAAAGAAAUAAAAAAGAAGAAAAGUGUUUUGUCAUUUUACAUAUAACAUGCACUCACCAACAAAUCUAAUCUGUUGUCAACAAAGGGUAUAUUUGAAAAAAAUUGGAAGAAAUAAACGCUGAAGCACAUUUAUAAACGUGAGCUAAACAGAAUAGUACUGUAUCUGAACAAGGGUAUACAUUUAUAAAAAAAGAGAAAAUGAUGAACGAGAAGAUGAUGGACGCGCGAAGACGCGAUAGAGAACUUAUAGGAUUACGAGGAGUUCCUGAGGCUUGGAGCAAAUCUCCCACACAAAUCGAAUAUUCUGACGAGCAAGAUGAAGAUUUGAACAAACAUAAAGAUAACGUUCUACCAAAGGAUCGUAAGAGAAAGAAACACGAUUUAAAGAAAAAGAAAAGUAAGAAACUGAAGAAGGAGAAAAAAGCAAAGAAAGAAAGAAAGAAGGAGAAGAAGGCAAAGAAAGAAGCAAAGAGGGAAAAGAGAAAAAAGAAAAAAGCAAAGAAAGAUACGGACAGUAGUAGCUCUGAUGAUAGUAGCAGCAAUGAUGACAGCGAAGAAGAAGUUUGGGUUGAAAAGAGUGCAGUCGUCGGUAACCUGAAACCGAAGAAAGGCUCAAGUUCGGAUGAGAGUGGAGAUGAUGGUGUGGUUGGACCUGCUCCAAAGCCACAUGUAACUCUUUCAGCCAAAGAUUUUGGCAAAGCCCUGUUACCAGGCGAGGGUGCAGCAAUGGCUGCUUACGUCGCCGAGGGUAAACGUAUACCCAGAAGAGGUGAAAUUGGUCUCACGUCAGAGGAAAUUGCCUCAUAUGAAUCCGUUGGUUAUGUCAUGAGUGGCAGCAGGCAUCGUCGCAUGGAAGCGGUUCGUAUUCGUAAGGAGAAUCAGAUAUACUCUGCUGACGAAAAGCGUGCUUUAGCAAUGUUUAGCAAAGAGGAACGACAAAAAAGGGAGAAUCUUAUAUUGGGACAAUUUAGAGAGAUGAUUAACCAGAAAAAAUUGGCGCAAGAAAAAAAUUAACCGAUAAUUUUGUCAUGUAUAUAAAAUGUCAGCAUAGUUUCUUGUAUAAAAUUUAUAUAUAAUUCUGUACCUUCUGACCUUUGUAUACCAUGCAAGAAUACAAUGUAAAUAAAACAUACUAUCAAUAUAUAUUCAAUAAAGAUUUAUUUUGCCAAAAAAGAUA